AUGCAUAACUACAUCCACAUUGGCAGAAAUAUUAAUAUAUUAUUUGUUGAUGAUAGCAGUGAGACUAAAAGGUAUCCUCAUCUCUAUCAACUUCAUAUAUACUUAAAUCUUUGUAUUUUUACCACCACUAACUUUAACUUCUGCUUUCUGUCUUCUUUCUUUCUUCCUUCUUUUUCAUCUUCUUCAUUUUCUCUAUUUUCUUCUUCCUUUUCUCUAUUUUCUUUUUCUUUAUUUUUCUAUUUUCAUCUUCCUUUUCUCUAUUUUCUUCUUCCUUUUCUCUAUUUUCUUCUUCUUUUUUUAUUUGUCUUCUUUCUUUCUUCCUUCUUUUUCAUCUUCUUCCUUUUCUCUAUUUACUUCAUUUUCUUUACUUUCCUUCUGUUUUUUAUUUGUCUUCUUUCUUCCUUCUUUUUCAUCUUCCUUUUCUCUAUUUUCUUUUUCCUUUUCUCUAUUUCUUCUUCUUUUUCUUUAUUUUCUUUCUGUUUUUUAUUUGUCUUCUUUCUUUCUUCCUUCUUUUUCAUCUUCUUCCUUUUCUCUAUUUUCUUCUUCUUUUUCUUUAUUUUCCUUCUGUUUUUUAUUUGUCUUCUUUCUUCCUUCUUUUUCUUCUUCCUUUUCUCUAUUUUCUUCUUCCUUUUCUCUAUUUUCUUCUUCUUUUUCUUUAUUUUCUUUCUGUUUUUUAUUUGUCUUCUUUCUUUCUUCCUUCUUUUUCAUCUUCUUCCUUUUCUCUAUUUUCUUCUUCUUUUUCUUUAUUUUCCUUCUGUCUUCCAUUUGCCUUCUUUCUUUCUUUCUUUCUUUCUUUCUUUCUUUCUUUCUUUCUUUCUUUUCCUCUAUUUCUCUCUUCCACAUCUUCUUCAUCUGCUUUACUUCCUUUUCUAA